AACGCACGUAAAUUUGUAGAUUUUUUACAAAUAUAUUAGGCUAGUGUAUUAAAAUAAACCAAAUGAAUAAGCAAGUUAAAGUAACAAAUGAUAUUAAUCGCGAAAGUAUGUAAAUUUCGGUGAAUAUUUGUGAACAAAUUUGAUGGCAAUGCGAUCUGAUAUCGCAUAUAUAUCUCUUUACUGUUAAGGAAAGCUUUUUAUGACAAAUCUGCCUCUCUUAUGGAACUCUCUUCAAUAGAUUGUUAUAAGAAUCUCUUUUUCGGUACGUGUUUGUUGCUAAACCGCAGACUUGCAAGUUAACAAAUUAGUUUGUGCAUAGAUGUUAAAACGGAAAGUGGGAUCAACAAUUUAGGAAAACACAACUAAUUUUCGCAUGAUAAUCCAUCGCCGUUACAAAACAUAAAUUUUAAAGAUAUGGGAACAUUAUCAUUGAGUGAUUACGAGGCGGUGAAGAUUCCAGUACCUUGGGGUUAUAUCUCGGGUCGUUGGUACGGCAAUCGAAAGGAGCGACCCAUCCUGGCGAUUCACGGAUGGUUAGACAACCUGGGCACCUUCGAUCGGCUGAUUCCCCUUCUACCCGAUUAUAUAGGAGUACUCUGUAUCGAUCUGCCGGGACAUGGUAGAUCCUCGCACCUGCAGCCGGGAAUGUUCUACAGCGUCUACGAAUACGUGUUUAUAAUUCCACUGGUGAUGAAGGAGUACGGAUGGUCAAAGGUCUCUCUGAUAGGUCACUCGUUAGGCGGAGUUCUGAGCUUUAUUUACGCCUCUCUAGCCCCUCGAACCGUGGAUAUGAUCAUCUCCUUAGACAUUUUGCUUCCGUUGAGAAAUAAUAUAGACUACAUGGCCCUAAGUAUUGAAAAGCAACUUCUGGAUGUUGAGCGGCAGAAGCUGGGAAAUUUCAGUGAGCCACCUUCCUACACUCCCAUUGAGCUAGGAAAAGUUCUGGCAAAAGGAAGCUUUAACUCCGUAUCCCCGGAACUUGCCAAGCACCUCAUCCAUCGCCAGGUAAUCAAGUCGAAGUUAUAUCCCGAAAGGUUAUACUUCUCCAGGGAUAUAAGAGUGAAAUACUACCACAACAUAGACAUCGACCAGGAUCUUGGUGCAGAAAUGGCGAGGCGGAUUCGCAAGAAACCAUACUUGAUCAUAAAGGGCUCACUGUCGCCAUAUAUUACAUCCCGUUGCAAUGAGGCCAUCUCCAUUUUGGCCGAGGAUAAUCCACACUUUGAGUUCUACGAGGUGAAGAAUGGCACCCACCAUCUUCAUCUCCAUGCCGCCGAGGAGUGCGCCGGUUAUAUUGUGCCCUUCAUCCAGCAUCACCGACCUCCUGCCUUGACCUCUUGGACCCUUACCGGAAAAGAGGAUAGCCCUAGAUUAAGGAACCGAAAAGGAUUCUUCGCUUGGACCAAGAAAAACCGGAGCAAGUUGUAAGAUAGGGAUAGUACAAAGUCCAAUUCCGUUUAGAAGUAAAACUUAAGUAUUCCUUAUCUUUUAAACAUUUUUUUUGUUUUAGACAUAAAGACCAAAACUUUUUUUUUUAUUUUAAGCUCUGUAUUUUAUUUUAUAUCGAGUAUUACUUUCCAUGUAAUUUGAACAAUAAUGUACCUAUACAUAAGCAACUACAAUAAAGCACAAACAAUUUAUUAAAUGCCAAUUGAUGUAAAAUUCUCUUGACUAAUAAAGGUAUUUCUGUUUUCC